AUGGAAGUGAAGGAGGUCCAGCCGCAGAAACGCCUCCAGCCCGCGUGCGACGCUAAGGGUGAGAAUGGGUUUCCACUGACAAUUCCUUGUGAGCGACAGAAAGUAGCAAAUUUGGCACCGCAUAGACCCUUACGCCGUUUUUUGGAGGCAAUGCGAGCCGACAAUCAAAAUCUAUGCGCACUCAAAGGCUCCGCAGUUCAUCAUUUGAAAAAAGAUUUGAGAGGGGACGAGAAACAGGUGGUCUUAUCUUGCGAGACACCUUCACGCAGCAAUCGACUAAGAGAAAAGUAUGAGUGUAUGAAGAAAAUGCGUUUUAAUGAAACUCAGGAAGCCCUUGCUCGUGAGUGUGAUCUCUCAAGAAUUAUCAUUGAGCUUCAAAAGCGCAUAGAGGACGCGGAGGCAUCACGGGAAUUUGAACGGGAAGUCCACGCGCGGGAGUCAUUUUAUCUCCUAAAAGAAAAUGAAUGUCUCAAGGAGCAGGUACGGACGACGGAAAAAAUGCUUUUGGAUGUCCGCAACAAUUAUAAUUUGGAGAUUUCCAAGUUAAAUACGAGAGUGUCUGACCUGGAGGACUCUCUGGUUGCCGAAGGACAACGCGCCAAGACGAGGGAGGCUGAACAGGAGCGGGCCAUUCAAAACCUAUGCAGUAACCUCUAUACCACGCAGGGGGAGCUGGAACGUUAUGUGGAGAAAAACCGUGAGUUGGCUUCCGUAAAUUCGUUGCUGGAGGAAAUGAGAGCGGAAUCUUGGAGGGACAAGCGAGAAUGCACUGUAUGGUACGAGGUCCUUCGACGACGUGAGGUGUUUAUGUUGCUUGAGCGAGAAGCAUUUACGGAGCUGCAAUGCCUAUGCAUGCAAGAGAUGAAUCGCUUUUGGCAAAUAAAGGACGAUUCGUAUCAAGCAAUGUUUUGUAGCGAGGCGGAGCGGUUUUUGGGUCACAUAAUAAGAGAGGCUGAAAUUUGUUAUGAGAUGAAGCAACUGAUGUUUGACAACGCCACUGCUUCAAUAGAGAAAGAGACGUGGAUUUCACUUCACUUUUCAAAGGUGCAGGAGCUAUCUCGGCUAAGCGAGAAACACGAAGCACUUUCUAUCUUACUGGCUCAGUACAUGCGUGAGGUGGAGGAAAUUCAGCAAGGCAAUCUUGAGCAGGUGCUGCGUCGGAAGACGGUGGAUGAUGCGUCAAUCGCCUACAUGCUUCAUCAACGUGACAAUGAAGUCUCGGAUAAGUUGCGUACAUGGAAGGGGGCACUUCAAGAGGCGCAUAAACUUUUGACUGCGUUACUGAAGCGAUAUGAGCCUUUUCAGCGUGGUGAUGAAGUUUUUGUUGGGAGGGUGAUGGAAUGGUUGAUCUCCGCACCACAUGUAAAAGAGGUGAUCAAUGUUUUUUUGCCAUAG